GAGAGAGAGAGAGAGAGAGAGAGAGAGAGAGAGAGAGAGAGAUUUGUGUCUACCAUGGCGACUGUAGGUAUGUUUAAUACCUCUGGUUCCUUAUCCGGGAACUACCUCUUAUUCUGCUAUUGGGCCAUAGGGUCACGUGGUAAAAGUAACUUUACAGGGCUGCUCGAGUAGGAGGGCUUUAUGGAGCAGAAAAACGACAAAGCUAGAAAAAUUAUUUUCCACUCCAGAAAUUAAUGAUCAUGAGCUCGUAUUUGAUGGAGUCUAACUACAUUGAUCCGAAAUUUCCUCCAUGCGAGGAAUAUUCGCAAAAUAGCUAUAUCCCAGAACAUAGUCCAGAAUAUUACAGCCGCGCAAGGGACAGUGGCUACCAGCAUCACCACCAGGAGAUAUAUCCUCCGCGGGCAAGCUACCAGGACCGCCAAUAUAACUGUGCAAGCAUCCCUGAACCUGACACGCCAAGGGUGCAUGGACUACCCCAUUCUGCGCACCUGCUUGCAGGGAAAGGGCAACCUGCAUCAUGUGAAACCCCACAGUUAUCUAUGUCCCCCGCCACCCCACCGGCUGCAACCUCCGCCUGCAACCAAGCUACCCCGGAGCAUCCACACAGCGCUGCCUCCAUGAAGCAGCCCGUGGUGUACCCGUGGAUGAAGAAGAUUCACGUCAGCACUGUGAACUCGGGUUACAAUGGGACGGAACCCAAGCGGUCUAGGACAGCAUACACUCGACAGCAGGUUUUAGAAUUGGAGAAGGAAUUCCACUAUAACCGAUAUUUAACUCGGCGGAGGCGCAUCGAGAUUGCCCAUACCCUGGUUCUCUCCGAGCGACAGAUUAAAAUCUGGUUUCAAAAUCGCAGGAUGAAAUGGAAAAAAGACCACAGGCUUCCAAACACCAAAGUGAGAUCUUCUUCUUCGUCCUCCGGGUCCAAUACGGGCUCAGCAGCCGGCGCUGUGGCAGUGGCCGCGGCCGCUACCGGGGCCGGGGCCAGCCCUGAUGAACUGACCGGAGCGCAGCAUGCCGAGGAUAUUACCAGGUUAUAAACCAGGGAUGGGGAUAGAACAACAAGAAUAACUGGUUAUUUAUAGAAGUUAUAUAUUUAGUUUUCGUAGCUAUCUUGUGCGGUUUCCUUUAAGUCCAAAGUUAUAUAAAUUGCAUGUUAUAUAGCAUGGAUUAAGCGAAUACCGAUGAAUUAUUUUUACGUGAUACAGGGUUUAAUUUAUUUAAUGAAGAGUUGAGAUGUUUUUUAUUGAGAAAAAAAAUGUUUUCAAUUAAGGAGAGAAAAUGCAGAAAAAUGUACAUUUGGUCAACAUGUUAUCGUGGGCUAUUCUUUCGCCCUGCUGCCCAAGGUGAAAUGCACAAUCUAUUUAUUUCAAACAACACUGGAAGGACAUCGUUAUGAUAAUAGUUAUUUUUGGUAAAAUAAAAAUGAAUAGCUGGAGCACUCCAUUGAUCUUGAACGUGUAGAAAAUAUUUUGUGAAUUACAUUGUGUAUUUUCACAAAUCAGUUUUUUGUUUACAAUUUAGUUUCGUGUUGUUGAUGUUGUGUUUUAGACCGUUAAAGCAGAUUAUUGUUAUAUGCAAUAAACGGAGUCUAGUGUACUUGUGAUAAUCAUAUUGGUCAAUAAAACAGUGAGUGUUUUAUCGUUGCUCGACUUCCUUUAGAUCCAGUUGUGGGUCACUCUUCUUUUGGUUUUAGAGCUAUGCUUUUAAGGUGUACAUUAUGGGUAAAUUAACAUUUUAUAAGGUUAACCAAUUGCUCACCGUGUUUACAAGCUGUGAUUGUGAAAUAUUUCGGCUCCUUGCGUUUUUUAAUUUAAUAUUGUAUAUAACUAGUUUAACUGCUACAUGUGUUGUUUGUGUGUCCUCAAAUGCCACUUAUAGAGGACAUCAAUAGUUUUAAAAAAAAAAGGUCCCAACAUCAAAUGAACUAGUUUGUUCUAUGCAUAGGCCUACGUGCACUAUAAUUAAUCUAAAGGGCAUUCAACUAACCAUAAAGGCAAGACAUGGAAGCCCUUCACUAGACUGCAAUGCCACUGCCAGCUCGAAAGAAUUAAGCUUUGCUUCCCACAUACGACAUGCAGAGAACAGCUGCAUGUGGAUCCUUUGGCAUACUUAAACAAAUGUUUAUUUCCUAUAAAUUAAAUUUUACAAUUGAGAAACUUCGAUUUUUGGUGUAUCUUAAUUCGGCAACUCGAUUCCAUAAUUUCUACUGGCCAACAAAACACCCAUGAUGAGGCUAUAGCCCAAAGCGUCACGUUGUCUUGGUUAGCAUCAGGCCUCUGAUAUUGAGCAUGAUAUUGAUAUUCUGAUUGAUAUUCUAGUCAUCGUGGCCCAGUUUUGUCCCAAUGCCUUGCAUAUUACGAAAAAAUCGCUGGGUGGUUUUUCAUUUUUCUCUGUAUUUCUAGCGUAUGACAACACUAUUCCACAUUGUGAUGCUUCAUUUCAGAUCGAUGCUUUGCUAGAAGACUUUAUACUUUGAUGGUGUCGAAUUUUACGGUUUCAAAACACGGUGCCUGUAACGUCAGAGCCCCCUUCCCGGGAUGUGUUCCAACACAUUGUCAAGAGAAGAGUAUUUACGACUGAUGCCUACAUUCUCCAGGCAUGCUAAUAUUUACAGGAUGUAAAAUGUUGAUUCAAAAACAUGUCACCUUGUCAUUUCUAAAGAAGUAAGCAGGCCCUUGCCUCUUUGUUUUAUUUCAAUUUUAUUUAUGGUUUCAAUGUUUUAUUCUAGUUAUUUUGCAGUUUUGUGAAAAAAUACCUUUAAAAUUAAAAUUUGACUUUAUCUUGGA